AUGACUAUCCGCAAAAAAAACCCCUCUCGCAGUUACGAGACAUUCCAAGACGACCCUGACGACAGCAUCAGGCAGUCUCCUACAUCCUACCACCAAGGAGGGGACGCAGACAAGUCCCGAUCUGCUGCAGCGGAGGCUCAACGACUUGGGUCCCAAGGCUCAUGGGCUGACAACUUCACAGGUGGCACUCCCACCACCAACAGAACCCCAGAAGCGUCAACAGUAGACGGUGAUGAAGUGAGGGAUACCGGGUACUCGCACCUCUCGUCGGACGAGGAUCCCUCGGAUCCACCUCCAAUCUACACUCCUUCUGCCAGCACUCAAGUUGGGUCUCAAUCGCCUGCAGCACCUGCGUCUCCUGUUGCUGCAAGGUCGAACCCCUCUUCAGUCCCUGAGCCAGUAAGCGCUCCUGCUACAACGUCCUCUUCUUCCACCACGAUUGUCGCGAGCAAGAAGAAGAUACAGACUUCGAGGGCCUGCCUGUUUUCCUACAACAUAAUCCACAACGGGCCCGGAUAUGGUUCCGCGGCCGUGGUAAGGCACGAGGCUGCCGCGGGCGCCGGCAGGCUAUACGGCAAUGACGGACGGUAUCAGCUUCCGAGCUUUGGCUCACAACCCUCGCAGACACCAUGGCCACCGCCGAAGCGUGAACAUCGUGAACGCGAGACCUUCCGCUCGAUCACCGGCACCUACCAGCUCUAUGAUCUGCUCGAUCUUUCGACCACAGCAGGUAGCAUUACGGUUACCGUUGAAGUUCAGCCUGGAGAGAAACCAGCAGUGCUUCGUCUUUCCACAACAGCUGGCAGUGUCAAUGUGAAAAUGACCUCUGGAGGUGGUUUCUUCAAGAAACCCUACGUCUCGGACGUCGCGAAAUCGAGGACACUGGUGACGGAGAUUUCUACCACUGCUGGCAGUGUCAACGGCAACUUGGUGCAUGGCAACGGAGGAUCUACUUCCGUUUCCACUAAUGCGGGUUCUAUCUCGGUCACUUUAUUUACAGUCGGUGUCUCUGAGAUGGAUCCGCAAUCGAACAUCACUACUACCUCUAACCAUGGUAGCCAGCACAUCAAGAUUGUCCCGGACUUGGGCUCGACCGAAGCGAUUCGUGCCAUCGAAGCGAGCCACACGGUUCGUGGUAGUGGGAGUGCGGUCGUCUCGUAUCCACUUCAGUGGGAGGGUAUGGUUCAUCUUGCGGCCCACGGACACGGGAGCAUCGGCGCCAGCGGAUCUGGGCUGGAGGUCCGAAGAGAAAGCAGCCGUGAAUUGUACGGGUACAGAGGGGCUACCCAGGGGAGAAAGGUCGAGGUUGCAGUCAUCGGCAAUGGAAGCGCGAGGUUCUCGUGCUGA